GGAGGGGUGGGAGGUGCUGGGAGGAGCCACAGGGAUUGUGGGAGACUUGCCCUGGGUUUCUUUGGGACCUGACAUUUUAAGUUGAAAGCCAGCCUUGACAACAUAAGAAUUACAUAAGACCCUGUCUCAAAAAUGAAAUGAAAUAAAGCCCAAGAGACACAAGGAGUCUAAGAGACCCUGAGAGGAGCCAAAAAAGACCAACAUGGUGAAAGACAGGAUCAGAGACACUAGAGAAGAGGGAAGGACAGACAGCAGGGAAGGACAGGCGAGGUACACAGGCAGGGACAGUAUAAGAAUGAAGAAGAUUGACAGCCAUGAAGCUAGUGAGAAUCAGGAACUUUUAGAGGUGGGAGAGAUGGAGGGACCUAAUUCAGGAAGAAUUUCAAGGAACUAGAGGCACCAGGGCAUCGGAGACCCUGACUAUCCCCAAAUAGACACUUGUCACAGAGGCCGGUCCUGUCUCUCAACAGCAGGAGCCAAGCCAAGUUUGGCUCACAGCCUCUCCUUCAGUCAGAGAUCCAGUACCCUCCAUCCGAAGUGGCACUCACAUACACACACCCCCACACAGACAUACACGUAUACAAUUAUUUAAACAACCCAGAAUCCCUUGGGGGACAGCCUCAGACGUGUUCUGUUCUCCCCACCCCUGGAGUCUGAAACCUGGCUCCCGCAUGGUUCUCAGGAUUCAGACGCCAGAGUCGGGUCCCCUCACAAAGAAGUAGGCCUUGGGGUGGGGUAGUCUGAGGGUGAUGGGCUUAUGUGGGGUGCUUGACCCACCCCGGAGGUUCUGGCACCUCUCUCAGAGACAGGAUCCUUCUUCCAGCCACCAGAGAUCCCCUCCCCGCGUCUCCUUUUCAAAGGCACUCAACAUUAAUCGCUGAGGUUGACUCUGUGCCUAGCCCGGCCUUGCUAAAGAGGCUUUUGUCCCCUUAAUUGGCUAUCUCUAAGAGCCUAUCUCCGCCUCAGCACCCACGCGCCCCUGCUUUAUAUCCCAGGCCCAACUAUGUGUUAAUUGGGCAUGUAAGAGAUGUGCGGAACACCCCCUCCCCUCCCUGCCCCUUGCCUUCCUAUAUGAGCCUCUCACCUGCAGUCAUCAGAGUCCAGCAUCUGCAGUGGGACAGGCACAUCGGGAGGGCUUACCUUAAUUACCAGGGUGGUUUCCCAUUCUGUAACACCAGACCUUGAGGCCAUAUGCUCCUGUCCCAUCUCUGGUUUGUGGGGUGAUUUCUGAUCUGCAUUGUGACUCCUAAGCAACCAGCCAUGCACCCUGGAUCCCCUGCAGCCCCUGGGGUCUCUGAGCCUGGACCCCGAGAGCUGUGUGCCUUUGUGAGUGGGGCUUCGGCCCACAUGCUGCGGGCCCUGCAACCCAGGCGUAUUCGGCCCUCCAAACGCAGACCCAACCACCGGAGGUUUCUACACAACCAGAUCUGCAGGGAGUUUGCCAAGAUUGAAGCCGCCACCCAGCACCUGGCUCUGACCAUCCUGUCUCAAAAAGCGCCUGCUCAGAGACCACCGUUCCGAAGGCCACCUCCGCCGCCUCCGUCCCCCUUCCUGGGGGUGGCGUGUGCAGAGGCCCCCAUGGAAGCGCCCCACGGCAGCCCCAGCCUGAGCCCAGUUGCCCUAGACACCUCAACCCUUGAUCUCUUUGAUGACAUUCUGCUCACUCCUACACCACGUCCCUUGGUGACUCCUGACAGCUUCUGCCAGACUCUCCCUGCUGGUAACCCCCAGGUGGCAUCCGAUGUCAUCUCUCAUGCUCUGGGCCCAGGAGACCAGGGACAGCCAACCCCAAUACAGGCUCCAAGGUUCUCCAAUCUUCUGCUCCCUCCCCAGAAAGCCCAAGGGGGCAGCUUGGAGCCUGCAGCUCUAGGCUGUGGUUGGGUAGACAGUUGGGAGGCACCUUAUGCCUGUGAUCCUCAGGGAGUCCUGGACAGCUGGGGAGCCCUUUGAAACCCAAUCAACACAGGCCAAACCCAUCUCAGGCCCAGCCAACCUCCCUGCUCCUGACAGAUGUAAGAAUAUUGCGCAGUUGGUAGAGUGCCUGGCUAACACGCAAGAAGCCAGGAUUCCAUGCCCAGAACCCUAUAAAUGUGUAAAAUAAACCAAGCCCAGGCUCCCACUGUGAACCACAAUCCAGAGCUCUGCUCCCAGAACCAGGGCCAUCGCUCUCCACUUUGAGACUAACCCCUGCAUAUCUCCUGCAUAUCACAUAGGAACAGGAUUGAGAACUCUGGGAGGAUCUCUGGCCAUUCAUUUUCCCUUUUUCCCUUCUUCCUUCCCAGUGGAUGGGUCCCCCACCCCGUUCCCUCUCUCUCUCACACACACAACACACCUGCUCUUUGCUUGGUGUUUGCUCUGUCUCAACAGUUUCUCAAUUCCACAGAGCAUUGCUAUGGAUCAGGCCCAGGCCUUGGUGUUAAGACUCUGCAGACAAAGCAGACAAGAUCCCAGUCUCUGUGGGUACAUAAUGCACACGAACCUGCAGAGAGCUUCAGACAGCAAGAUCAAUUUCCAGUUUUUGAUUGGAAUGAGCGUUAGGACACAAAAUAUGUGGCUGACCGAGAGAGAGGACUAUUGGACAUUGCAUGACCAGAGAAGGUGCGGAAUGCUAAGCAGAAUCAGGCUGUAGGAAGGCAUGGAUCCUGGGGCAGGAACUGCACAGCCAAGGCCCUGAGGUGGGACUCUGAGGCCACUAAGACAGGUCAAUGUAGCUGGAGAGUUCUGAGUUUGUAAGAGGUAUGAAUUGGAGAAAACGUAAACCUAGUUUUUAUGGUAGGUUAUUGGGUUGUUUUUUUUUUUUUCUUUUUAGACAGUGCUGGGAUUGUGGGCCUGUGAUAUUAUGCCUCCCUCCCCUCUCUUAGGAUUUCCCCAAAAUGCUCUAGUCUAUCUGUCCUGACCAGGGCAGGUCUCACCUUCCUGUGUGUACUUGUGUCCUGCAUCCUUGGGUUUAGGAGAUGUGAUGGGGUGGGGUGGGCAUGCUGCCCUGUCCUUCUCCAGCUCUCAGAUCCAGAGGGAGACCUGGGGUUCCUCAGUAAGGAGCUGCAGGGGGUGGGCUCCAGAUCUCUCAGACUCAGAGCUGGCAAGCAGUGGCUACUGCCAGUGGCUAGGAGAGGAUACUCUGGCCAGCCCAGACCCAGCCGCUGGUUAGCAAGCCAGGCAGGACCUGCGUGCAUAGCAAGCCAGGCAGGACCUUCGUGCACAAGCUUGUGGUUUGAGAAUGCUCCACGGGGGGGGGGGGGGGGGUGUCGGGGGGUGGGCUCCGGUGUCUCUAAAUCAAGCCGGCUGGGUGCUGGCUUUAUGGUUUGAGGGCUGAAAGUCAUGUAGCAGUCUCCCUUUCCCUGUCCUGAGUCCCCAUGAUGCACUUAUGUGUAGAGUCUGGGAGUGUAGCAGCCAGCAAGAUUAUGCCUGGAAGACCUGGGGAGGAAGAUCUUCACAAACAAGCAAAUGAGAAAAUGCCAGCUCAGGAGGAGCCUUGGGGGCCCUGAAAUACAGUGAUAUGGAGGUGGGGGAGGGGUUGCCUCAAUGAGAACAUCCUCUUUGAGGGUGUCACACAUCCAUGAAAUCUGAGGUGGUCUUUGGUUUUCAAGGCCAGCAUUUCUGACCUGCAGACCCAGUCCUAAGAGGCUUGAGAUAAGAUCUAUGCUGGCCUGUGUUUCCUGUAUCAGGUUCCCGGGGGCUGGGAGACAUAAUGAGUAGGAUCAAGUGCUUAUCCUUCAGUCAGCUGACUCAUCAUCCUACAAAGACAUCAAUGGAUAGAGAAGGACAGUCCACCGAGUCAGCUCGCGCUCUCUCCAAAGAAUUUGGAUUUGGAAUCUGAGAUGUCCCAGGAAAUCCAGUGACUUCCUCCCUCCCUCCCUCUUUUCCUCCCUCCCUCUCUCCCUCCAUAUGUAAUCCAUAGUCUCUCUAGUUUUAGUUCAGACAAUUGGUCUUGGUCUUCAAAUACCACACAGAAAAUUCCAGAAAUAAAGCAUUCGUCUUAAUUUA